AUGGAUAACUUUACUCUGUACAAUGAGAGUUCUCUACUCUUAUUAAGCGAAGCUACGUCAAGUGUCACGACUGUUACAAUCAGAAACGCUUCGAUUUUCAGUAAUGCGUACGAGUGGCGAUUCAUCUUACCACCUUAUUUCCUUAUAUUUUUACUCUCGAUAUUUGGAAAUUGCCUCGUCAUAGCAACAUUGGCAAGUAAUAGGAGGAUGAGGACCGUCACGAAUGUAUAUUUACUGAAUUUGGCUAUAUCAGAUUUUCUUCUGGGCGUAUUUUGCCUACCCUUUACACUGCUAGGGCAAAUGUAUAGAAGAUUCUUCUUUGGCGCCACGCUUUGCAAAUUAAUACCGUUCGUACAAGCGGUGUCAGUAUCAGUCGAUGUAUGGACUUUAGUCGCCAUAUCUCUUGAGAGGUAUUUCGCAAUAUGCAGACCACUGAAGUCAAGAAAGUGGCAGACACAGUGCCACGCGUACAAGAUGAUAGCGACCGUGUGGAUCCUGUCCUUAGUACUGAACUCACCUAUACUCCUCGUUUCAACAUUACAACCAAUGAAGGGUGAUGCUUUUAAAUGCAGAGAAGUCUGGAUGAAUAGUGUACUAGAACGAGCUUUCAAUCUAAGCCUGGACGCUUCGCUGCUGCUUGUGCCGUUUUUCAUCAUGUCAUUCGCAUAUUCUCUUAUUGUCACAAAGCUCUGGAGAGGAAUGCGUAACGAAAUCCAACAUAACUUCAAUUGGCAGAAACAUUUAACAAAAGAUUGCAAGACCAAUCACUUGUUGCCCACUACGCCUAUUUUACAAGCCGCUGAAGUUUGCUGCAGGAACGGAUGUAAUGCGAAAAAAAUUACCAAGGUAAGUAAUCUUUAUUUGCAAUCU